UUCCAUUAUAGGUUAUUACAAGAAACUGAAUAUUAUUCCCCUAUGCUAUACAGUAGGUCCUUGUUUAUUUUACAUAUAGUAAUCCCAAACUCCUAACUUAUCCCUCCCCCCUUCCCCUUUAGUAACCAUAAGUUUAUUUCCAUCGCAGAGCCUUUUCUAAGUGAGGUGGCUCUAAGGCUUUCAGGAAAUGUACCGUGCGCAGCUUUCUGGCACAGGACGGGGCUGUCACUAUGGGCCUUCUGCGCAUGUGCACUGCCUCCUCCUCCCCCCACCCCCGGAUGCCGGCGUGUUCCCGUUCCGCGGCCGAUGUCUCGCGAGGAGAUGGUUGCGGAACCUCCGGCGGCUGCGGGCCGGGCAGCUGGCGAGCAGGACGCUGCUGUGGAGCACCGGGGGAACAAGAAGCUCCAGGCCAGAGGCGGGUGAAAGAGGAAGCGGCUUUGUCUCCAGAUUCGGUGUAAAUCUGGCCCCGUUUUUAUGCACCUGAUGAGAACCUGCACGUCCCAGCAAUUAAUUUUCUCAUCUCCAAGGUGCCCUGCCGUUUGAGGCCUCGGUGUGCCCCCUCAGUUCUCUACAUUCUUCCAGGAGCAGCAGAAAAUGAUCACAUCCCAGGGAUCACUGUCAUUCAGGGAUGUGACUGUGGGCUUCACCCAGGAGGAGUGGCAGCACCUGGACCCUGCUCAGAGGACGCUGUACAGGGACGUGAUGCUGGAGAACUACAGCCACCUCAUCUCAGUAGGGUUUUGCAUCCCUAAACCAGAAGUGAUCCUCAAGUUGGAGCAAGGAGAGGAGCCAUGGAUAUUGGAGGAAGAGUCCCCAAGCCAGAGUGUCCCAGAAUUAAUUAAUAGCAGUAGAAACUAUUCAAGAAAGAAGUUUGAUGAAUUUAACAAAGGUAGAAAAUGGUUCCAUGAUGACAAGCAUGAAGGAAUUCACUCUGAAGAGAAAACUUAUGAAUAUAAGAAAAAUGGGAAUGGCCUCUGUCUUAAUGAAGACUCUGUUCAGCAUCAAAAAAUUCAAAUUUUGGAGCAACCUUUUGAAUACAGUGAAUGUAGGAAAGCUUUCCAUGAGAAUUCACUCUUUGUUAUACAUAAGAAUCCUUACACAGGACAGAACACCUGUGAAUACACUGAAUACAGAAAAACCUUCUGUGAUAUGUCAUCUCUCUUUGCUCAUCAGAGAACACAUCCAAAAGAGAAUCACUAUGAAUUUAAUGAAUGUGGAGAAAAUUUCUUUGAGGAAUCCAUCCUCUUUGAACAUAAUGUUCACCCUUUGAGCCAGAAGUCAGAUCUCAUUCCAAUUCAGAGAAGCCACUCAAUUGACAAUAUAAUUGAAUAUAAUGAAUGCAGAAACUUCUUCAAUGAAAAAUUAGUCUUUGGCAUACAACAGAGCAUACAAACAGCAGAAAAACGCUAUGAAUGUCAUGAAUGUGGAAAAACCUUCAACAAGAAGUCAGCCCACACAAGACAUCGGAGAACCCACACUGGGGAAAAAUCCUGUGAAUGUCAUGAAUGUGGGAAAACUUUCUGCAAGAAUUCAGACCUCAUUAAACAUCAGAGAAUUCAUACAGGGGAGAAACCUUAUGAAUGUCAAGAAUGUGGAAAAUCCUUCAGUGAAAAGUCAACCCUCACCCAACAUCACAGAACACACACAGGGGAGAAACCAUAUGAAUGUCAUGAAUGUGGAAAAUCCUUCUCAUUUAAGUCAGUCCUUACUGUACAUCAGAAAACACACACAGGGGAGAAGCCCUAUGAAUGCUAUGAAUGUGGGAAGGCCUUUCUCAGAAAAUCAGACCUCAUUAAACAUCAAAGAACUCACACAGGGGAAAAACCUUAUGAAUGUAAUGAAUGUAGGAAAUCCUUCUCUGAGAAGUCAACUCUCACUAAACAUUUGAGAACUCAUACAGGCGAGAAGCCCUAUGAAUGUACUGAAUGUGGAAAAUUUUUCUGCUACUACUCGGGUUUCACAGAACAUCAGAGGAGACAUACAGGAGAGAAACCUUUUGUAUGUAAUGAAUGUGGGAAAAACUUCCGUCAGAAAUCAGCCCUAAUUGUUCAUCAGAGAACUCACGUAAGACAGAAACCCUAUGAAUGUAAUGAAUGUGGAAAGUCAUUCUGUGUGAAGUCAAAACUCACUGCACAUCAUAGAACACACACAGGGGAGAAACCCUAUGAAUGUAAUGUUUGCAGGAAAUCAUUCUAUGUGAAGUCAAAACUUACUGUACAUCAGAGAACACAUUUGGGAAGAAACCCUAUAAAUAUAAUAAGUGAGGGAAAUCACUCUGGGUGAAGUCAAGAGUUUAUAGAACAAAGAACACAAAGCAGGGAGAAAAAUCUAUUAAGAUUUUGAGAACAUCUUUGGUCUAAAGUCAGUUCUCAUAAUACAGCAGAGAACUUACAGAAGGAAGAAAAUAAUAUGAUAUUCUGGACAUAGGAAAAUUUUCUACUGGAAUUUGGACCAUACAGUGUAUCAGAAAGCUCAGAGUACAGAAAACCUACUGGUGAAUGAAUACAGGGAACCUUCUGCCCAAAGCCACACUUCACUAAACAUCAGAGAAAUCACACAGGGUAGAAACCUCUAUCAGUAUUCACAGAGAAGACUUCAUCCACAGGCCAGAGAAAAUGUACAAACUAUAGGAAGUUAUAGGAACGCAUUUACUAGGAGUUGGUGUUUUAUUGGACUUGUGUGAAAUGUUUGAAGUAGCAUUUCAGUGGACAUCAGAUAGUAAUUUAAGUGGGUAGAAGCUUUAAGUUAAACCUAAGCUUAUCAUACAUCAGCGAUUUUGAACUGAAGUGUCUAGCAUUUAGGAAAUGUGAAGAAUGUUUGCAUUUAGACAUAGCAUUUAUACAAUUUGGCCUAUUGCUGGGUGUGCUAUUCCUUCCAAUUUAAGGUACUAGACAUCAACUGGAACCAGGGGUUGUAAGCAACUCACAUGUUUAUUGCUCAGGCAUAUGGAAAACAAGGGAAGAUUUUUAGCAAGAGGACCCACCUGCAAGAAGAUUUUCUGAUGUCCAGGUAGAGAGAGAGAGAUAUCCUGGUCUUGGUGAUAUACCUAUGACAGCAGCUUGCCAGCAGGAUUUCUGAUUAAUUGUGAGGCUGACUAAUUUUGAGUGGCCUGUCCUGAAAUGGUGGAUCAAAGGGGCAAUGUAGGUUCCUUGAAUGCAGCUACCUGGUGUAGUGGAAGUGGUAUGAAAUAUAGGUAGUUUCUGCCUUACCAGUGUUUUAACAGUUUGGCCAGAUGCCAUCCUGCUGUGAAGUGUGACCUACUGCAACCAACUUUAUUUAUCCACAUACUUAACAUGUUUCGUAUGUGAUACAAUGAUUUUUUAAAAAGCAAAACAUUCAUGUACAAACAUAUACACUGUUAAGUAUGGAGCUUUAAAAAGCACAAAUAGAUUUUACUACUGAGUAAGAUACAGUAGUUUGCAGCAGACCAGUGCACUCACUAAGAACAACUAGAAAAGCAGUUCACAAAAAGCAUCUAUUUACUUGCAACCUAUUGUUGCAGAAGCAAAGAGGGCUAGAAUGGUAAAAUUCAGGAGAGGAGUGAAUAUCAGAAAGUAUAUGGGAAAAUAUAGCUGUUUUUCCUGGGAGCACCUGCUAAUUCUGGCUACAGGGAGGAACCUGAAUAUUGAGCUUGGCUCAGGCAGAGGGCUAUACCUUGGUGGGGCAAGGGGGGUAGGGUGCAGGGAGACCAGAAACCAGGACACGGUGAACUUUGCCAGUCAAUGCUGGAGUGAAAAAUUCUGAAACAUAAGAGGCUUCAAACACACAGCCAGUUUCUCAAAAUCUUGAGAAUACUGACUGAUACAGGGCAGGAACUUGAAAAUCUAAGCUCAAAAACACAAGUAGAUUUUCUUUUUCAGUACUGAGAAAAAAAUGAAUAGAAUUCAGGAACUGCCAGUAGGAUGGGCCCCUGGCAAACACAGCAUGCUAUCAAUAAAAGCACAAGGUUAUACCAGAGGUAGAUUGUAUACCUUACCAAAACUGCAAACAAUCUGAGUCAUAUUUUAAAAUCUACCCAGAGAGAAAACUCGUAGGAACAGAUGGCUUCACUGCAGUUAUUCUAAAUAUUAAAAGAAGACAUAAUACCAAACUUUUAUAAACUUUUCCAGAGAUAGAAAGAUAGGAAUUUUCCUGUUCACUUUAUGAGGCCAGUACAACUUUGAUACCAAAACCUUUAAGACAUUUCAGGAAAGUAAAGUUAUAGACCACUAUCUUAUGAAUUUAGAUACAAAAUCCUAAAAUUAAAAAAAUUCCAGCCAUAUCAAAGGACAAUAUAUCUUGACUAAAUGAUGUUUACUAGAGGAAUCAAAGGAUAGAUUUAGUAUUUCAAAUUCAAUCCAUUUGGCCUUCUACUCCUCUCUCUGAUUCUCCUUUCUCCCUUGCACUUUGUACAUUUCUCUUCUGCCUUCCCUUCCUGGAGUUGAAAAGGCAGAAUAGGUCUGCCGUGAGGGAUGAGAAAGGUGUUGUGGUGAUGUGCCAACCUGCAUCAAGAGUGCUGGGGGCAAGUGGAAGAGAUGGUUAGCAUGGCUGAGAUACUGGUAACACUGAGCAGAUAAGUAAAUGUAUUGAAGAUGAGGAGAGCCAGGUUUCUCACUGUUGGAAAAGGUAUCUAUAAAAAUGGAAAGGGGGGAAGCUACAAAACCACCUGAAGUGUUGGACUGGAAUGAUACUCAUUUUAAAUACACAGAAAUAAUUAUAGUAGUCGUUGUGUAUGUGUUUGUGUGUAUUUUAUGGAUCUGUCUACUGACACCUCAGUAGCACUGAGCACACCAAUUACCAGGUUAUUAAUUACUAAAUACUAUCCUCCCACCAAAAAUUGAGCAGGUCUCUGGAGUGAUAGCUUAUUCCAAGUCAGAGAUGGGGAGAAAUAUCUAUCAGACAAUAAGAAAAUGUUCUAAGAAUUAUGGAAACAUGUCAAAAGAACAAAAGAACUAUUUUGGACAGGUUCCAGUGGCCAAAUUUGAGACAGUUUGAACAUCAAAACAAAUAACAAUAGAAUCAUAAUAUAAGUGACUUAAAAAUGGGAAUCCAAUAAUUUGUACAGAUAUAAAUAAGUGAAUAAAUACAUAGAGGAGGGAAAGCUUUCUUUAUAAGCCAACUAAUAAAUGUAGGAGGAAUAAUGGCAAUAGAAGAAACACUAUUUGGCAACCAUCAUACUGGUAGUUGAUUCAGUAAGUAGUUGCCAACAUAGGCUAGAGUUUGUGGGUAGAAGUUUAAUGAAGAACAGGUAUUGGCAUUAUCUCCAAAUAUUUCGCCACAAAAUACUAAUCAACUAAAAGGUGAAAAUGGUGAUUUUUAUGAUAAACCUGGCAGACACCAACAUAAUCAAGUGAUCAAAGUUCACUUCACCAAUGGUAGGACAGGUCAACGUAAUGUACUCCCUGGUGAGAUGCUCUGAGAAGAGCCAACACAUUUGUGCUGUAUUCUUACCAAGAAAGCAUAGCCAGAGUAUGCUAAUGCGGAGAUACCAGAUGAACCCGCUUGAAAGGUUAUAUUAUAGAAUGUAAAGCCUGUAUUUAAAUUGUCAAGGACAUGAAAGGAAAAGACUGGGAGACUGUUCCAGGUUGGAGUAGACUGAAGAUGUUUUAAAAUAAAAACAAAAAGGAAAAAUAGAAUAGUUGGGACAAUAAAGAGUGUGUAAAUUGGAUGGUAGUGUUUAUUUCCAGACUUGGGUCCGUAAGUAAGUGUUCAGGAAAAUACACAAGUACAUAGGGGAAACGAAGUCUCGUGUCUGCAGGUUAUUUUCAAACGCUUUAGAAAAAGAGUAAUGAGUGUGUGUGUGUAGAGACAGAGUUCAAGUAUGUGGGGACAGAUGGAGAAAAUGCAGUGCACAGGGGGAGAUCGGAAUGAGUUUUUUCUACUAGUGACUUUAGUAAGUUUGAAAUCAUAUCCAAGCAAAUACUUACUUAAAAGUUUAAGUCAACUGAUGUAGCCUACCACAUUAGAAAAAAAUAAGUUAAACUAUAUUAGUGUCUCAGUAGAUGUAGAAAACAUUUGAUAGAACUUUACACAUAUUCAUGAUUUAAAAACUACACUAGAAAUAGAAGGAAACUUCAUUAAAAACAAACAAAAAGCUAACAUACAACAAACAUCAAACUAAGUAGAUGAAUACUGGAAUAUUUCUUCCUGAUAUUAAUAAUGAGACAAGGACCUCCCUGGUGGCGCAGUGGUUAAGAAUCCACCUGCCAGUGCGGGGGACAUGGGUUCGAACCCUGGUCCAGGAAGAUUCCCACAUGCCACAGAGCAACUAAGCCUGCGUGCCACAACUACUGAAGUCCGCACGCCUAGAGCCCGUGCUCCGCAACAAGAGAAGCCACCGCAAUGAGAAGCCUGCGCAUCACAACAAAGAGUAGCCCCCACUUGCCACAACUAGAGAAAGCCCACGUGCAGCAACGAAGACCCAACGCAGCCAAAAAUAAAUAAAUUUAAAAAAAUAAUAAUGAGACGAGAAUGCUUGUUACUACCACCACUACUGUCUAACACUGGACUGAAGGUUUUAGCUAGGUCAGGUCAGUAAGGCCAAAUAAAAAUAAAAAUAAGACAUAAAAACUGGGAAGAUUGAAGUAAAACUCAUUAUUUGCAGGUAAUACCAUUGUUUACAUUUAAAAGUCUGUGGAAAAAUUAUUAGAAAUAUGUGAAUUUAGCAAACUGGCUAUAUAAAAAUUAUAUUUUUAUGUAUAAACAACCAAUAGAAAAGUGAUGCCAGGAGAAUUGCAUCCUUCCUGGAUAGGGUGGCAAAGACCAGAUAUAUUCUCCUGCCUGACAUAAUUGGGGAAAGGGGAAACAGACAAAUAAAGGAAAUAAUUAUGUUCAAGUCACUGGACAUACAACAGCCCUAAAACAGUUCCAGAAAUCCAAAAAGUGCAUCACAAAAUUAGAAGUUCAAAGACAAAAAUAAAUGAAAGGGUGUUAAGAAUGACUUGUGGGGAGAAGAUGGCAGAGUAGAAAGAAGUGAACUCACUCCUUACAGAACCAUCAAAAUCACAACGAACUGCUGAACAACCACUGACAAAAAAAAUGCUGGAACCUACCAAAAAAGAUACCCUACAUCCAAAGACAAAGAAGAAGCAACAAAGAGACAGUAGGAGGGGCACAAUCACAAUAAAAUCAAAUCUCAUAUAUGCCGGGUGGGUGACUCACAAACUCGAAAAGUUAUACCACAGUCCUCCCACAGGAGUGAAAGUUCUGAGCUCCCAGCCUGGGGGUCUGGCAACAGGAGGAGGAGCCCCCAGAGAGUCUGGCUUUGAAGGCCAGUGGGGUUUGAUCACAGGAAUUCCGCAGGACUGGGGUAAACAGAAACUCCACUCUUGGAGGACUCACAAAGGGUCUUGUGUGUACCAGGACCCAGGGAAAAAAGUGGUGACCUCAUAAGAGACUGGGCUAGACUUACCUGCUAGUGUUGGUCUCCUGCGGAGGCGGGGUUGGCUGUGGCUCACUGCGGGGACAAGGACACUGGUGGCAGCAGUUCUGGCAAGUACUCACUGGCCUAAGCCCUCUUGGAGGCUGACAUUUU